UUCCCUUUUCCUUCAGUGAGACGUCGGAGUUGCCACAGGACCUAAUCUUCUUCCUCCCUCCUUUUCCUUUAGACAAACGCACUCAUGACACGGCGGAUUUGAUCUCACAGCGUGAUCCAGGGUUCUCCAAGGGUCACAACACCACUUUGGGUCACCUCCCUCCCUCCUUCCUCUUCCUCCCUUCCUCCCUCCUGUCAUCUCUGCAGCGGUUGCCAUGGAGAACUCAUCAGUGGCGUCUGCAUCAUCUGAGGCCGGAAGCACCCGCUCGCAGGAGAUAGAGGAGCUGGAGCGUUUCAUCGACAGCUACGUCCUGGAGUACCAGGUGCAGGGCAUUCUGGGAGACAAGCCAGAUGGAGACGUGGAGUUGGACAAUGAUGGCAAAGAACCGCAGUGGACAGAUGACUGCAUCAACCAGAGAGAUGGUAGUUUGACGUCAUCUCAGGGAAGAGGCUCCUCUAAACGUGACGAGUGGGAACAUAGCAGUAAUGGCAGUACAGGAUCCAGGCCCAGUUCAGGGUCCAGACCAGGAUCCGGUUCCCGCUCUGGCAGCAGAGGCCGAAACAACCAGUUUAAAGGAUCUCCCAAGAAUGGGAACAGAGAUGUCUCCUUUGACAUCUUGGGGACAGACAUAUGGGCUGCGAACACAAUGGACUCACGUGGAGGUGCAGGCUGGGAUGUACAACCAGAAAAGUUGGAUUUCAGCCAUUUCCACAGGAAACCCUUCAGAGGAAUGCCAAAGCAGCUGCCACACAUUGACAGAGAGGGCAUGAACAAAAGCAAGUUUGCAGAAGACGACGGAAUAGACAUGAAUGACCUGGAGAGGUUCUUACCUCAUCUGCACUCUGUCUUCCCACCCCUUCCUAAUGAGGCUGAGAUAGCACACACUAAAAAGCUCUUCCGACGCAGGAGGAACGACCGACGAACAUUUGAUCACUUCACCCGAGAGCAGUUAACCAUACUUCUGCCCACUGGCCCAGGGGAGAAACGACAAGUCUCAGCGAGGAGGCAGCAGCGACCUCAGGGUGGAGGAGGAGGAGGAGGGAAGAACCAGCCUCAGCUGAUACAGCAACAGUCUCCACAGCAGCAGAGAGAUCAAACCCAACGGCAGUCCCCAAUUCAGCAAGAGUUAAAUGUAACUGAACUGUGGGAUAACAGAAACCAUAACACUGGUCGACCACCUCGCCAGAACCAAGGAGGACCUCCGCAUCACGGCUACAGCCAGAACCGGCGUUGGCACCACAAUCAGAAAGUUCAGGGGCAUGGACAGACAAAUGCUGCAGGUGAUAAAGAAGCAUUCCCCAAAACAACCAAAGACAAAGAGAUUGAGAAUGUGAAUGUGGUUGAUGAGCAGUUUAGACCACUACAAGACUGCAACAAUAGGAAUCCCAAUGAGUCACCCAAAUCUGCCCCCACACCCAGUGCGACGGCAUUCCCAGACCCAACAGUUAACAAGGAAUCCCUCAACAUGCCGCCAAGUUUAAAGGCAAGCGACGGCCAGGCAGAGCAGCCAAGGGUCAGUCUUCUGCAAUCAUCAAAGGAGAGGCUGAGGAGGAGACUAAAAGACAAGGAAGAGAUGCACGUGGAGGAGUCUCAGUUGGCACCCCAGAACAUGGAUCGACUGGUGGAUCUCCUCAACAGCAUGAGGAGCAACAGCAGCGGUGUGGAACAGCAGCUAGCCUCUUUCAUGGAGGAGGCGCAGAGCUCGGCACGGUCGGAGGAGUCGCUGGCUCAGGUGGUUGGAGCCAUCUACUUCAAGGCCCUGUCUGACCGAAGCUUCGCCGCAACGGCGGCUAAACUCUGUGACAAGAUGGCGCUGUUUAUGGUGGAGGGAACCAAGUUCAGAUCGCUGCUGCUCAACACGCUGCAGAGAGACUUCUCCCGCCGUGAGGAACUGCAGCAGACAGAUGUGGAGCAGUGGUUGGGUUUCAUCACAUUCCUAUGCGAGGUGUUCUGCACCAUGAGGAGCAGCUCCGGCCAGCCCUUCAGGGUUCUGGUGUGCCCCAUCUACACGUGUUUACGAGAGCUGCUUGAGUCAACUGAUGUUAAAGAAGAUGCAGUCCUUUGUUGCUCCUUGGAGUUGCAGAGCACGGGGCGCCUGCUGGAGGAGCAACUACCCGAGAUGAUGACGGAGCUCUUAGCAGCCGUUAGGGACAAGAUGCUGUGUCCGACUGAAUCUCAGCUGACCCGCUCUCUGCUCAUGGAGGUCAUCGAGCUGCAUGCGCAUCGUUGGAGCCCCCUGGAAGCUAUCACCACCCAGUACUACAACCGUACCAUCCAAAAGCUCACCACAACAGAUUAGCAGUUGGUUGCCAGUUGGAGGACACAAGCCCCACUAAUGCCCAAAGUCUAAUUAAAAUAUUUGUAUUGCUCCCUACCUGGAAUGUUUAACUACGGUUAGCUGCUGCUGAACUUGAAAUUCAAUAAAACAGGUGACAAUGGAUGAAGACAAACCUCAAGAAAGCCACCAAACAUCCAUGUGGCAAAACUGCAACACUACAUGUGGCAAAGACUAACUGUUCUGUGGCCAGUAGGGGCGUACUUGGCCACAGAGAGUCAGGGAGCUCACUGGGCUUUGGUGGUUCAGAGAUUAAAAGAGGGGGUCAUGCAGGAGAAGGGGGAGGAGGAUGCAGCAGCCGCCUGUCAGUGGAGAAUAGAGAGAUCUGUACCCAAAAAUGAAUGGGGGGGGUCAGGGUGGUCUGUGUCAGUCUCUUCAUUGUGUUCUUUUGUCAAGCCACCCUCCCCUCCCUCAGUCUCUUUCUCCUCCAUCCCCUAUGUCUCUCCUUCAGUCCCUGGGGUCUUAGUGGCUGAUAAAAGAGAGACAGGGGAAGCGGCAGAGAGCAGACACCAUGCUGUCUGUCUGGGCCGCCUGCCCCGCCGGGGGAGGGGGGGAGGGGGGACAGGUCACAGGGUCUUGUGUGGGAGCUCCCCAUCCCUUCGCUACAUCUCUCCACAGCAGGAGCCCCCCUUUGAGGGAAUGAGACAGCAGGCCUGCUGGGCUGGGCUGGGGACGAGGCUCAUGCUGGCGGAAGUGGGGUGGCAGAUGGCAGCUCGAGCCCCUGUGAGGCGACGCACUCCGAACACACCCCACUGGCACCCUGACUCUCUGCUCCCCAUUAAAGCAGCGGAAACCCUGCAGUGGUGGGGGCUGCAUCAGAAAAUAAAAGCAGACGGUGCUGUCUGAUAAUUCCUCUGUUUUUGUCUAGCAGGGGAAUCUCUCUUCUCUAUUAAGCAGUUCGUGCCCAUGCUUUAUUUACAGCAUCAUUGAUUUUUGUUAUACAUUUUUAAUCAUGUAUUGUUUUUGUCAUUGAUGUCUGGUUUUUAUGCUAAGAUGUUGUAGUAGGCUUUAUUGCACAGCUUUGAUCUAUUUUGCACUGUUUCAAUGCAAUUGGCUUUAAAUUUUUUAAUAAGCAUGGAAAGAAAGUUUAAAUUUGAAGCAGUUCUUGAAGGUUAGUAUUAAACGUUGGUAGUAAAAGAAGUGGGUUGAGCAGAGUGCGGGAGUUUAGGUUGUUCUAAUUGCCUAGUGGCCUUUUUUUAACAUAGGACCUCUCUUCCUGGUUUGUCGGGUUUGUGGCAGACCGCAUGCUGACUGGUUGAGCCGAGAAAAACAUUUGUUUGCAGAAGGAAUAACAAUAAUGUAAGGAAAACAACGAAGCACGGCUUCAGCCGUUGCUUGCAGUUGACAUUUUACCAGUGUUUCAUAUGACCUGUGUUGGAUCUUGCUUAGGUUUUUCAAAUAACUAUUAGCCUGUGUAUUUAAAAAUCACCACAAUGAUAAGAGAAGAUAUUAUUGUUUAAAUUAUCUUGUCAUUUGUGGCCUUUGUUCCAAGCUAUUAUUUGUAGUAGAAGAUUGAUGUAUCAAGUCAAACAUGUAAUAUGUUGAAACAGGCUUUAUGUAUAAUUUGCAUUCAGGAUAUUAGGUAUUUAGCUAUAAUGAAAUGGAGGAAAAUGGGGCAGUGGAGCUGUUACACUGAAAAAAAUGGUUAAGCCUCAGAAGAUUGUCCCUCUACACUCUUUGCUUGGGAGUUGUCAUUUGCAUACAGGUGCAGUCAGAAAUAUACAACCACCUCAAAAAAAUUCCAUAAUGAUGCAUGAAGGUUGAUAACCAUAAAAAUAUUUGGUACAUAUUUGAAUUAUUUUUGCAAGAAAGUUGGCUUUAAAGUACAAAUUAGCGAUGCAGCUCUUUUGAUGCGUGCAGUUUGAUCAAGCCACGGCUUUAACACUUUAUGGAGCGUCCUUUAGCCCUUCUUAGCUUCUAAAAUAUGUUAUUGUUACUCGGAGACAAGCUUCUUACACCUCUCGAUUGGAAUCUUUGCCCUUUCUCAGUGAUGUUCAAUAGUUUCAUUGCUGCAAUUGCCUCUUUUAAAUCCCCGAGGACAGCGCCACUGUAGGAUGUUGCAGGAUAUUGACCUGGAGGUGUGCCGUGGGUGAUUGUCUUGCUGGAAAGGCCAGUGAUCACCAAGGUUUAAUUGGUCAACAUUCUGCAUCAUGUUUUUCCUGAAAAUGUCCUGGUACCUCUGGGAAUCCAUGAGGCUAAGCAGAAAAACAGCCCACAUAAUCAAUGUCCUCUCUAUGGGAAUGAUAUUCUUCUUGUCAUAAACCUGGCCUUUCGUAUGCCAGUCAUACCACUGGCCCAUAUUAUGUCCUAACAGUUCCAGUUUAGUAUAAUUAGACCAAAGAACUGUCUCUCAGGCCUCAGUCUUAUCCACAUUCUUCCUGACCUAUUGCAGUUCUUGUUGUAGUUCAGCACUUGUUUAUUCGGUGCAUUUCUUGUUAUUGCUGCUGAAGCACUUGGACCAGACUUCAUCGGUUCAACUAACAAAGGUGCCAAGAACCUUUGAUAAAAUAUUGUGCUUUCUUUCACAUCCACCAAGCUUGAAAUUCGCUCCCAAUAGUGUCUUUCAUCGUGUGUUCUUUUUAAUCUUAUACCCAAGGCCCUUCAGGCAGCAUUUAAAUAAAGUUUCUCUCAGCUUUUGUGAAGGCACCUUUGUCCUUCUUUUGUUUGCAGACUUACCUUGAAUUCCCUGAUGGAUGCAUCCCAGCUAAAGCAAAUUAAUUAUUGUGAUAGAGAUCCCAAAGAGCUAAUUAGGUUAACUCUGUCAGAGAGCUUAAAAAUACUUACUGUGUGAUGGUUCCCUAAAAUUAUGGUGUUACACACAAAUGCUACAUCCUGCAUUUCCUGUGUUUUAAUGUAUCCCUCAGGACCAAAGCAAAAUAUCCUUAAAAUCUCUGAGGGGGGUUGAAUAUUUCUGAGGGCAACUGUAGAUAAAAUUUCCCACUAAACCUGUGGGCAGCUGGUGUUUUCUUUAUUAUUAUUAUGUUUCUGUCUUGCAUCAAGAAUCCAGAUCCUGUAUGAUAGCACACCCCUGAAGAUUAGUAAAGUAAGGUGUGUCAAUUUAGAUGUGCGUCUAAAUCAUGUUUAUAGAGUUGAAACCAGAGAUUUAGUUAUGCUGGGUAAAACACAAAAGACACAUUACUCUAAGGUUUAGACAAUAAAAAUAAUUUUGGUAAUCCUAACUGACCUAAAACAGGAAAGGUUUAGCCUGAUUCAAUGUUAGACCGGGAGGAAAAAAAGUUUUUAUACAUUGUAUCUAAAUAUUUAGUUUCAACGGGACAGCAUAUGUUGGCUUAAGAGGCGAUUUGUUCAAUAGUUUGGUUUUUUUUGUUAUUUAAAUUUAACCUAGCGACAUUUAUAUAUGAAUGAUGAUGGGUUUUAAAGACAUUAAACGAUGAUACCUCGCUCCUCGG